CAUCCUUCUUAUUCUUGCUAGCCUGAUGAAGCGUGUGGUUCGAGUCGCGCUGGAGUGACGCAGCUGGGUCUAAAAGCACAGGGCAGCGGAAUAUGGCGGCGCUGCUGAGAGGUCUGCGGGCUGGAAGGGCACUGCGGGGGCUGGGCAGCGUGGUGGCUGCACCAACAGCAACAAAGCCCCAGUGCAGCAGCCUGAGACGAGGCUUCCACCGUGCAGCGCAGAGGCUUCAGGAUGAAUCCAAAUCUGACAAACCCCCCUCCUCCUCCUCCUCAUCCUCAUCCACAACCUACCAUGAGCACUACCAGGCUCACUCUGCCCAUCAGGACACAGCAACAGCUUCUCAGGAACACUCAGCGUCUGAUCCAGCAUCUGAGGAGGCUUCCGGGCCAAACACCAGUUACCAGGACCAGGGAGGAGAGCAGGGCGAGGAGUACGAAACAGAGGAGCAGCUUCAAGCUCGAAUCCUGACCUCUGCUCUGGAGUUCGUCCCACAGCACGGCUGGUCACUGGAAGCCAUUGCGGCCGGUGCUGAGACACUGGGCCUGUCCUCUGCUUCCACUGGUAUGUUCAACAAUGGAGCGGGAGACUUGGUGCUACACUUCAUCGCCGACUGCAACUCGCAGCUGACGGAGAUCCUGGCUGAACAACACAAGCAGGUCCAGCUGGGCCAGGCCGAACCAAAGAAGACUGCUGACUUUCUAAGAGAUGCGGUUGAAACCAGACUGAGGAUGCACAUCCCCUACAUUGAAUCAUGGCCACAGGCGAUGAGCAUCCUGCUCCUUCCUCACAACAUCCCAGACAGCCUGAAGCACCUGUCCACCCUGGUGGACGACAUCUGGUACUACGCCGGAGACCGAUCCACAGACGUGAGUGGAUCCUAUCACCCUCGAUCCCCUUCUUCUUCUGCUCAUACCUUCCUGUCCCCCUUUCAUCACCACCCCCACAAUAUCAGGCCUGCCACCUCCCAGAUGAACUGGUACACAAAACGGGCAGCGCUGACAGGCAUUUAUAACACCACAGAGCUGGUGAUGGUUCAGGAUUCCUCUCCAGACUUCCAGGACACCUGGAACUUCCUUGACAACCGCAUUCAGGAUGUAGUCAACAUGGCCACCACAGCUAAACAGGUGCAGUCGACUGGUGAAGCAGUGGUGCAGGGGCUCAUGGGAGCUGCUGUUACCCUGAAGAACCUCACAGGAAUAAACCAGAGGCGAUGAUGUAAAACUCACACAAAUCUCACUCACGCUGAUCCUGACCGUCUGGCUUGUGUCAUGAGCUGAAGAUCAAUUUUCUUUUUGCUCUUAUUUCUGAUUAACUGUAUGAGUCUGAAAGUAUUGGAUUAUUGCUUAUAUUCAGCAAGAGAAAGCUAUUAUUUGUCCUCUGUGUGUUCACCUGCAGGACCAGUGGCGUUGUCUUGUUUUGUUUCACAGUCCAAGAUAUCACUCUCCAGCUCAGAUCAUUUUUUUCCUUUUUGUAAAAGAGGACACAGAGAUCUGUACUUUUUUUUGUUGGACUUCAAUAAAGUAGUUAUUAUUGUAUAUUUAA